AAGGGUAAAAAAAAGAAAAAAGAGAGACUUCAACCCCAGCCACUCCUCUCCUCUGAUAAGUAAAGAACAGUCCCUGAAGGCUUAACAUGUAAUUCAGUGGUCCACACUUAUCUGGGGCAGAUACAGUGCAGGGGGCACAAACUACUUGCCUGGCAGCUUGUACACUGUAUUACUGUGGUAUUUGACAAUGACAUAUUAAUGUUUCAGUCCAACAGUUUACCAUCCUUCACUCUCCUUUAUGCAGCAUACAAUUUUAACUUGAGACAGUUUAUUUGAUGGAUGUAGCUACCAGCGGAUGCUAGAUAGGUUAUUUUAUACCGCUUGGGGGUUUCUUUACUUUACACUGACACACAUGAAGUAUUCCCAUGUGAAUAAAUCUGUACAUGAAUGCAGUGUUUGCAUUAAAACAGCUCGGUGUUUGUGUAGAGCUGUAGGCCCGGGACAGCUCGGACUGCUCUCUCUGUCGGAGGCACAAGGCUAAAAGCUAAAGCAGCUCAGAGGCUGUAAUCCCCGUAUGAACCAUCAUGGCUGCCACUCGCUGAGCUGUCAAGCUCCCCACAAAAGAAAAGAGACCUGAAAAAACAUGGAUUCCGUGGAUAUUUGCGCAGCUACCUCCAGAGGAGAUAAUAAACGGCGCGUCAACAAGAAGAAUACAGUUUGGCAAAAACGGCCCCACCUCAGGAAGAUUGCCGUUCAGCCUCCAACUAUGCAAAGUGAAGAUAAGCAUGGACCAAAGAAGAUAGCAGAGGAGUGGGAGCAAAGCACAGUGUGGCCUUCAUCAAAGAAGCCCCCACAGGGAACACAGCAGGGUCAGCACAGGACAAAUGACAGCGGCAAUACACUCAGGUUCACAUGCUCCCAAUGCAGGGACAACUUGGAAUAUGUUCCCAAAGACUUAGUGAAACACUUUGAGGAAAAGCACAGAGGGAGCCCACCAGUUUUUUCCUGUCAUCUGUGUGCUUUCCGUACGCAUGAGUUCUCCUUCCUUCAGGUUCAUCUAUUAAGCCACAAAGACACUUUUUCUAGUUGCAGCAUUUGUCAUGACAAUGUUCAGCGCACAUGGCCUGAAUUCAGUGGACACCUGACUAUGUAUCACUGCCAAAAUGGCAAAUAUGCAUGUGACAUGUGUCAGAAAUUCUCCACAGGUGAUGUGAGACUAUUUUUAGAGCACACAUAUGCACAUGAUUUGGGCAGAGAACAGAGAACAGAGAAGUCACUGCAGCUCUUGGGCCUGGAACGAGCUAAUGAUCUAUCGCUGCAUGUAAAGGGAGAGAAUAAGUAUGGUCCCAAAACAACCACUCGAUCUUUACGUUGUCAGCACUGUGACUACGCGACUUCUCACAAAUGGUUACUCACUAGGCACGUUAAAGCUAUCCAUUUUUGCCGGAAUGGUAAUCGGAGCAAGAGGAAGAAGAAAGAGGAGAAAUGGACCAAAACUUCCGAGACUGAUCUGGACGACCCCUCUGAAGCCAUCGCUUCCAGUCCGCAGUCAAAGCCAGGGGAAGAACUAACCCCCAGUUGUGCUGCAAAGCCAAUGGGGUCCAAAAACGUGGACAGAAACACGCCUGUCGUGCUCGAAGGCUUGCCGUCAUCGCAUCAAGAAAUGCAAGAUGACACUGAGAAGUCACUGCAGCUCUUGGGCCUGGAAGGAGGUAAUAAUCUAUCACUGCACGUAAAGGUUGAGAAUAAGUAUGGUCCUAAAACAACCACUCGAUCUUUACGUUGUCAGCACUGUGACUAUGCAACUUCUUACAAAUGGUUACUCACUAGGCACGUCAAAGCUGUCCAUUUUUGCCAGAAUGGUAAUCAGAGCAAGAAGAAGAAGAAAGAGGAGGUUCGCUCCAUAGCAAUGAAACAAAAUGACCCAGUCCCAAAAAUUAAGCCUAGAUUAACAAGAAGUGCAGUUAGGGAAAUGUGCUGGCUGACAGAGGACUGUCUUUCCCUGCCAGGGAGAGAGUUCCUGGAUAAAUACUGCCAUCUGUCAGAUCCACAAACAACACUAGAGGAGACUCAACAGUUCUUGAUGAAAUCUGUUGCCGGGGAAAACGGUAAUCAGAAAUGGACCAAGGCUCUUAAAACCGUUUUGUCAAAUGUCCCUCAAGACAUGAAUCUUCACCCGAGGUCAGAGAAUGGCAUCGUGUCUAACUCGUCGGAUCUCACCGUCCUGACUGUCAAGAACAAGAUAACAGUGGCUCAGAACGGUGCUACUUACGCCAAAAGGUUGAAAAUGAUGACAUCAUCAGACAAGGAAACCCCUGAAAGUACUCCUGAUGAUGCUCGUUGUGUAGUUGACCAAAAUGAAUGUCAGUCAAAUCUGAGCAAUCAUACACCUUGUCCACAGACUGAAACCAAACUAAAUAACAUUGUCUCAACGCCAGUCCACAGUGAGCCAUCUGAGUGCACUCAAAUGCAGGAAAACAGAGAGAAUCAGGAGUUAAAGAUUGAUCAGGAAAUCAAGGAAUAUAAUAAAAAAGCAGAGGAGCCUAUGCAUGAGGAUAGGAGUGAUAUCUCCAGUGAGCUGAAGCUGACAAAUGACAGCGAAGAGCAGAUUCAUAAAGUUGCACCAAAAAAGAAGAGACGAAGACGAAAAAGAAAGGCCAGAUCUAGAACGGUGGCUAAAAGAGCAUCAGGUGUGGCUUUAAAGAUAGUGUUGAAGAAGAAUCCAGUAAAGGAGAAGCAGUGGGUGUCUCAAAGCUCUUUGUCUCCAUCAGGAGGUGGUCUGACGGAUGAAUAUCAUGGACUGCCAAGCCCUCAUACGACAACAGAGGAGACAGUGCAGGUUCUCCAAAACAAGCUGCUAAUAAAAGCACACCAGAAGAAAUGGACCAAAGCUUCUGAGACUGAUCUGGACGACCCCUCUGAAGCCAUCGCUUCAAGUCCGCAGUCAAAGCCAGGAGAAGAGCUAACCCCCAGUUGUGCUGCAAAGCCAAUGGGGUAUAAAAAUAUGGACAGAAACACGCCUGUCGUGCUCGAAGGCUUGCCGUCGACGCAUCAAGAAAUGCGGGAUGACACAGAGAAGUCCCUGCAGCUCUUGGAAGCAGAAGUUGACGAGAGCGGUUCAGCUUGUAUGACAGCCCAGUCAGAUGUGAGGACUGAAGUAGAGAUGUGCCCUGAGAACGUACAGCUCCGAACAUCCGGCAGUGGCACAGAGUGUCAUGUGUCAGACAAUGAGAUGAGUUCAGCUGCUGAUGGAGCGACUCCCCAUAGCAGUUACACCAAGUCUUCCCCUGUUUCCCAACCUGUUAUUACAGCACAUGGUAAUGCUCUCAUUUCAGAACACAGUGACCAGAGUGUUGAGGUGGUGAGAGACAGAGAAGUGCCCACUGACCCCUGCCCAGAUCUCCUCAGCAACGCCAACUUGCCUGCCGGAAAAGCCAUCCUACAGGAUCCCUCACCAGCCCCUGUGCAUCAGAGGCAGCCAUUCCCAAAGAACCUGGAGAGGACCCUGAAAUUAGUAGCCAUAAAUCCAUCUCAGUUGGUAAAGCGUCCAGCGGGAGACCAGCCUGUUGUGGUGCUAAAUCAUCCAGAUGCUGACAUCCCCGAGGUCGCCAGGAUCAUGGAGGUCAUCAACAGGUACAGAGGAGAGGUGCAGAAGGUUGUACUGUCACGAAGAACUAUGAACGCUCUCUCAGCCAUGGACGGCAAGGUCCCUGAGACGAAUGACACAUUGGAUGCCCAGCCUGAUUCUCCAGGCUGUGCUGAAAACUCAGUACAGGAGAGAUUUAUGUUGAAAUUGAAACUUCGUAGGCUGAGCAGGAAAAAGUAUGAAGUUGUCGGUGCAGUCUCUCCCAGCGGGGAUGUCGCAAGGAAGUUUCGUUGCUGGUUUUGCGGCAGGGCCUUUGCAAGUGAGGAAACGUGGAUGGUCCAUCGGCAGCGACACCUGAUGGAGUGGAAAGGGCCAAACUGUGAAAACUCUUAAUGUCGCACA